UUUCUGUCGCUAACGUUACCUCAUUCACUCUGACGCUAACAUUCGGGUCAUUUCCACAAACUGAAACUGAAUAUUCGUCAAACUUCUCCGUCUUCGGUUCCUUCCUCUCGACCUUUUCUUUGCUCUCCCAGUAGAGCUGGACAGGAAGUUGAGACUGCAGUGUUUGUUUUUCAAAAUAAAGUUCUUAGCAGAGCAGCGUCACUGGUCACAGUCUUAUUAUGGUCUGUAGAUGUGUGUUAAUAUAGACUUUAUUUUCAUACAAAAUCAUUUGAAUAAAAAAAGUUAUAAUUCUGAAGACGUGGCGGCCUCUAUUCUUCGCCACGCUCAUCAACACGACGUUUAAAUCCUGUAGUAUGUUUACAGCGCGUUUAAGGUACGUUUGUAGUAUUUUAAUAGUAUUUACGGUAAGUUUACAGUAUUUUUAAGGUAAGUUUAUAGUAUAUUUAUAGUUCUGUUUACAGUAACGUUUGAUGUCUUCUUCUGGUCCAGCCUCACGUGGUCUGUGGCGAGCAGCUGGUCCACAGUCCCUACAUGCAGUGCCUGGCGUCCCUGGCGGUGGGUCUCCAUCUGGACCAGCUCCUGUGCCGCCCCCCCGUCCCCCCGCCCCUCAGACACUGCCCCCUGGAGUCCGGAACCGCCGUCUGGUGUGCGAGCGAGUGGGCGUGGCUGGACUGUUUCUCCACCACGGUGAAGGCGGCGGAAGCUCUCGCUCGAGGCGCCACCUUCCCCGAGUCGUUCUCGGUCCCGGACCUGGAACCGGUCCCUAAAGAGGAGCUGGUCCUGCUGAUGGUGAGAGACCCGGCUCUGGUCUGUGGUUCUGACCCGUUCGGACUCUGAGGUAACGGCGUCUGCUCUCUUCCUACAGGACAACAGUAAGUGGGGGUCCGGGAUGGACGAGCAGAUCAUGUCCUGGGCCACGUCUAGACCUGAGGUGAGUCACACGGAGACCUGGACUCUUUUAGAGUCCAGGAGCUGCUCUUUGACCCGGUUCGGUCCUCCUGACCCCCUCCUCUCUGGUCUUUGUAGGACUGGCACCUGGGGGGGAAGUGUGACGUGUUCCUGUGGGGGGCGGGGAGACACGGUCAGCUGGCCGAGGCCGGCAGGAACAUCCUGGUCCCGACGACGGCGCCGUCCUUCUCCCAGGCCCAGCAGGUACGUGGACCAGAUGGUGUCCUCCUCAGACUAAUCCAGAACCUGACCCAGGUCCAUGGUCCUAAAGCUGGUCUGCAGACCUCCUUCAUCUGUCUCCUCCUCUCUGUCUCCAUCAGGUGGUCUGCGGUCAGAACUGCACCUUCGUCAUCCAGCCUAACGGGACGGUCUUGGCCUGUGGAGAAGGAAGUUAUGGACGUCUGGGUCAGGGGAACUCUGACGACCUUCAUGUCCUCACCGUCAUCUCAGCUCUGCAAGGUGGACAAACAUCUCAUCUCAUGAUUUCUCAUGUCCUCACAUUCCUCACAGUCCCUCAUGUCCCUCAUGUUCCUCAUGUCCCUCAUGAUUUCUCAUGUUCCUCAUGUCCCUCAUGUUCCUCAUGUUCCUCAUGUCCCUCAUGCUCUCAUGUCCCUCAUGUUCCUCAUGUUCCUCGUGUUCCUCAUGCUCUCAUGUCCCUCAUGUUCCUCACAGUCCCUCAUGUCCCUCAUGUCCCUCAUGUUCCUCAUGUCCCUCAUGUUCCUCAUGUUCCUCAUGUCCCUCAUGUCCCUCAUGUCCUCACGUUCCUGGUCCCUCAUGCUCUCAUGUCCCUCAUGUCCCUCAUGUUCCUCAUGUCCCUCAUGUCCCUCAUGUUCCUCAUGUUCCUCAUGUUCCCUCAUGUUCCUCACGUUCCUCAUGUUCCUCAUGUCCCAACCUGUGUCUUCUUUCUCCUGACCAUUUUGACUCACCUCUGGUCCCUCAUGUUCCCCUCAUGUUCCUCAUGUCCUCCUUCUCCUGACGGUUUUGUCUCGUCUCCGGUCCCUCAGGUUUCGUGGUGACCCAGCUGGUGACGUCCUGCGGCAGUGAUGGUCACUCCAUGGCGUUGACGGAGAGCGGCGAGGUGUUCAGCUGGGGGGACGGAGACUACGGCAAGCUGGGUCACGGGAACAGUGACCGUCAGCGCCGGCCCAGACAGAUCGAGGCUCUUCAGGGAGAGGAGGUGGUCCAGGUCAGAGAGGAGGAGGAGGAGGAGGAGGUCUGGUGGUUUUUCUUCAGCUGUGAUGAAUCAGAGAUCUUAAAGUUCUGCUCUUCUCUCUUCUCUCCUGAUCUUCAGAUGUCGUGUGGUUUCAAACACUCGGCCGUGGUCACAGCUGACGGGAAGCUCUUCACCUUUGGAAACGGGGAUUACGGCCGACUGGGUUUAGGAAACACGUCCAACAAGAAGCUUCCAGAGAAGGUCACGGCUCUGGAGGGAUACCAAGUGGGACAGGUAGGACUGAGGAGGACCAGCAGGUGGAGAGAAGUUUGAGAUGAAGAAUCAGUUUGACUGAAGAGUCCGAGGAGGACGAGCCGCAGCACAUCACCCUGACCUCUGUGUGACCUCUGUGUGACCUCUGUGUGACCUCCUCAGGUGGCCUGUGGUCUGAACCACACCCUGGUGGUCUCUGCUGACGGGAUGAUGGUCUGGGCCUUCGGUGACGGAGACUACGGGAAACUGGGACUGGGUAACUCCACGGCCAAGUCCUCACCUCAGGUAGGAUCUGAGAGUCCUCCUGUGAGCUGGACCGGGUUCAGGAGUUCAUGUGUGGAGGUUCUGAAGGUUCUGAAGUUCUCAUCUCCUCGUUUCCUCAGAAAGUGGACGUUCUGUGUGGGAUCGGCAUCAAGAAGGUGGCCUGUGGGACCCAGUUCUCCGUGGCUCUGACCAAAGACGGAAAAGUGUUCACCUUUGGACAAGGUAGGACAUCAGGUCUAGGAGGACUCUGGGACUCUGGAGUCCAGGUGACAGAGAACUUUAGAAGUAAACAGGAAUGAGGUCAGACCGGGGGUCUGUUCUACGAAGCAGGUUCAACUUAGCGAGGUCGCCUUGGAGCUACUUCGCUCAACUCAGCGCGGUAGCCAGCGGUCUCGCUACACGGUUUUACGACGCUGGUUCUCAACCUCGUAAGUUGAUCCAGCUCUGCUAUGAGCGCGUGCACACAUAUAAGGCGGAGCCUGCCGCAUCUGACCAAUCACGAACAUGGAUCAGUCUGGAGCGUCAGAGCAGGCUGGAGAGUGAAGGACCGCGGACUUUACAAACGAGGAACAGGAGACGAUCAUGAGAAAGUAUGAAGAAUUCAAAUCUAUCAUAAACCUCAAAAACAACACCGUCGCCGCUGCAAAAUCACAGAGGGAACGCUGUCAGAAAAGUAAUCUUUGAUGUCAUUAUCACCCUGAAUUAACACUGUUCAACAUGCGCUUUUAACUAAGGUGACAGUCCCCGAAUUGGAUGAUCUGUCCUCGGCUAAAGCUGUCCCUGAAAAUGUCCCUGAUUUAAGCGUUUCAUGAAUGAGAACAAAAAUGUUGCAUGUGGGCGAGAACAACGGUUAUUACAGUAGGUAGGAAGAACAAGUAAGCAGUCCUGAACAACAGUAUUUACGGGGUUAUUAUAAGGGGCGUGUGCUGCUACUAAAUAGUACAGAGAUGUUAUCUGUGAUCAGCCCAUGUCCAUUCAUUCCCAAGAUGAAUCAUUCAUUUGUUCAUUCCUAUCAUGUUUACAUGUUUUGUGUAAUAUGUCGGCCAUAUGAGCCUUUCAUAAAGGUGGUCAUCCGGAGAAAACUCUCCCUGAAAACUCUCGCGAGCCGGAGUGCUCCUCCUCGGACAACGCGAGCACCGAGGUCUACAGGAUCCUCCGAGAACGAACAAGCCGUUUUUGAGAGAGCUCAUUGGUCAGUGGGCGGGGUUUUUAUACUCGGUGAGUUCAAUCUGGAACUUAACCUGCCCCGGAGCAGGUUAGCCGUUCAGCGUACGUUGCUAUGGAGACUCGCCUCGCUAAGAAGUGAACCCGCGUCGUAGAACAGGAAACCCCGAACUUAUCCUCGAAGUUACCUCGCUAAGCAGUAAUCCUGCUUCGUAGAACAGGCCCCUGGAGAACCUGUGAGGACAGGAGGAUGAAGAUGAUGGAGGUCUUCAUUUAACCAUCAGGAACUCUCAGACACUUUAUUGAUGAUAUUUUCUCUUUUAUUGAUUUCACAGAUCAAUAUUCCAUCAAUUCUUUACAUUAUUGAACAAAUUUCCAAAUGUAUCGAAUAUUUUCGUACUUCUCCAUCGUGGAGCAGAGACGCAGGUCGACAUCAACUCUUUAAAGUUCCAGCAGAAUAACUGAAGUCAAAUCAAACUUCUCACUCCUCUCUGUUCUCCGGUCGGAGGGUAAACAAGAAACACAAUAAACACAUGAGGGAUCAAUAAUCUAUAAUACACCAUUACCUUCCUGCACAAAGUCUGAGACACUAAAUCAACUCAGUUCUUCAGGAGUUUUUAAAGUUCUUUGUGGAGACGAGAACAUCAUGUUUUCAUCGAUCAUCACCUCGACCCGAUCCUCCGUUUUUGGUUCCUCUGUUUCCAGACGGUUUCUGCUGAUGGUCUUUUUAAUCGACACCAACAUGACUGUAGAUCUGUCUUCACCUCCUGACCUCCUUAUCAUCCUGCUUCUCUUUUUAUCAAAUAUCAAAGUUUCACUUUUGUUCUUCAUCCUCUUCUUCAUCUGCUGACAGUCAAAUAUAAAAACCAGAACAUCAACAAAUAUGAUCCUCAUUAUUCUCCUCUCCUCCUCCUCUCCUCUCCUCCUCCUCUCCUCCUCCUCUCCUCCUCCUCCUCUCUCUCCUCCUCCUCCUCUCCUCCUCCUCUACUCUCCUCCUCCUCCUCUCCUCUCCUCCUCCUCUCCUCCUCCUCUCCCCCUCCUCCUCUCCUCCUCCUCCUCCUCUCCUCCUCCUCUCCCUUCCCCUCCUCCUCUCCUCCUCCUCCUCUCCUCCUCCUCCUCCUCCUCCUCCUCUCUCUCCUCCUCCUCCUCCUCUCCUCCUCCUCUCCUCCUCCUCCUCUCCUCUCCUCCUCCUCCUCCUCCUCCUCCUCUCCUCUCCCCUCCUCCUCUCCUCUUCUCCUCCUCUCCUCCUCCUCUCGCCCUCCUCCUCUCCUCUCCCGUCCUCUCCUCCCCUCCUCUCCUCUCCUCCUCUCCCCUCCUCUCUUCUCCUCCUCUCCUCUCCCCUCCUCUCCUCCUCUCCUCUCCUCCUCCUCUCCUCCUCUCCUCCUCUCUCUCCUCCUCUCCUCUCCUCCUCUCCUCUCCUCCUCCUCUCCUCCUCUCCUCCUCCUCUCCUCUCCUCCUCCCCUCCUCCUCUCCUCCCCUCCUCUCUCCUCCUCUCCUCCUCUCUCCUCCUCUCCUCCUCUCCUCCUCCUCUCCUCUCUCCUCCUCUCCUCCUCUCCUCCUCCUCUCCCCUCCUCCUCCUCCUCUCCUCCCCUCCUCUCCUCCUCCUCUCCUCCUCUCAUCCUCUCCUCCUCUCCUCCUCCUCCUCCUCUCCUCCUCCCCUCCUCUCCUCCUCCUCUCCUCCUCUCCUCCUCCUCUCCUCCUCUCCUCUCUCCUCUCCUCCUCUCCUCCUCCUCUCCUCCCCUCCUCUCCUCUCCCCUCCUCCUCUCCUCUUCUCCUCUCCUCCUCCUCUCCUCCUCCUCUCCUCCUCCUCUCCUCUCCUCUCCCCCUCCUCCUCUCCUCCUCCCCCUCCUCUCCCCCUCCUCUCCUCUCCUCCUCCUCCUCUCCUCCCCUCCUCUCCUCUCCCCUCCUCCUCUCCUCUUCUCCUCCUCUCCUCCUCUCCUCCUCCUCUCCUCCUCUCCUCCUCCUCUCCUCCUCUCCUCCUCCUCUCCUCCUCUCCUCUCCCCUCCUCUCUCCUCCUCCCCUCCUCCUCCUCCUCUCCUCCUCUCCUCCCCUCCUCCUCCUCCUCCCCCCUCUCCUCCUCCUCCUCCUCUCCUCUCCUCCUCUCUCCUCCCUCCUCUCCUCCUCCUCUCCUCCUCUCCUCCUCUCCUCUCCUCCUCCUCCUCCCCUCCUCUCCUCUCCCCUCCUCCUCUCCUCUUCUCCUCCUCUCCUCCUCCUCUCGCCCUCCUCCUCUCCUCUCUCCUCCUCUCCUCCUCCUCCUCUCCUCCUCUCCUCCUCCUCUCCUCCCCUCCUCACUCCUCCCCUCCUCUCCUCUCCUCCUCCCCUCCUCCCUCCUCCUCCUCCUCCUCCUCUCCUCUCCUCCUCUCCUCCUCCUCUCCUCCUCCUCCUCCUCCUCCUCCUCCUCCUCCUCCUCUCUCCUCCUCCUCUCCUCUCCUCUCCUCCUCCUCUCGCCCUCCUCCUCUCCUCUCCUCUCCUCUCCUCCACUCCUCCUCCUCCCCUCCUCUCCUCUCCUCCUCCCCUCCUCUCCUCUCAGACCGUCUGAUUGGUCUUCCUGAAGGUCGGGCCAGGAACCACAACCGUCCCCAGCAGGUCCCGGCUCUGUCAGGGGUCCAGAUCCAGGAUGUUGUUGUAGGAGCUGAACACAGUCUGGCGUUGUCGUCCACAGGAGACGUUUACACCUGGGGGAGUAACUCGGAGGGACAGGUGAGCUCAGCUGAUCAGGUCCUCUGACCCUCUUCACGUGAAGUCUGGACUAACUCUGGUUCUGGUUCUGGUUUCUGCAGCUGGGUCUGGGUCACACCAACCACGUCAGAGAGCCCACCAUGGUGACGGUUCUGCAGGGAAAGAACAUCCACCAGAUCUCUGCAGGACGCUGUCACAGCGCCGCCUGGACCGCCCCCUGUGUGCCGCCGCGAGCUCCAGGUCAGACCCUCACUGACACACACAGACACACAGACACAGACACACACACAGACACACUCACACAGACACACACAGACACACACACAGACCCUCACUGACACACACAGACACACACACACACACACAGACACAGUCACACACACACAGACACACAGACACACAGACACACACACACACACACAGACACACACACACACACACAGACACACACACACACACAGACACACACAGACACACACAGACACACACACACACACACACACACACACACACACACACACACAGACACACACAGACACUCACACACACACACACACAGACACUCUCACACACACACACAGACACUCUCACACACACACACACACACACACACACAGACACACACAGACACACACACACAGACACACACAGACACACACACACAGACACACAUACACACACACACACACACAGACACACACACACACACUCACACACACUCACACACAGACACACACAGACACACACACACACACACACACACAGACACACACACACACACACACACACACACACACAGACACACACACACACAUACACACACACAGACAUACACACACACAGACACACACACACACAGACACACACACACUCACACACACAGAAUCACCAGAGUUCUUAGUCCUGGAUCCAUGUGGUCCCACUCAGUCCAGGAGAAAAACCUCCUCAUCAGGAUCCAGGUCUGCUGGACUUUGUAGACCUGAAUGAGCGUUUUCCUCUUAAUUCACUCUGAUGUCUCCUCCUGCUCCUGCUCCUCCUCUUCUCUCUCCUCCUCCUCCUGCUCCUCUUCCUACUGCUUCUCCUCCUGCUCCUCCUGCUCCUCCUCCUCCUCCUCUUCCUCUUUCUCCUCCUCCUGCUCCUCCUCUGUCCCUCUUCUUAAACCUCCUUCUCUUCCUUCUCCUCCUGCUCCUCUUCCUACUGCUCCUCCUCCUGCUCCUCCUCUUCCUCUUUCUCCUCCUCCUCUCCCUCUUCCUGCUCCUCCUCUGUCCCUCUUCUUAAACCUCCUUCUCUUCCUUCUCCUCCUGCUCCUCUUCCUACUGCUCCUCCUCCUGCUCCUCCUCUUCCUCUUUCUCCUCCUCCUGCUCCUCCUCUGUCCCUCUUCUUUAACCUCCUCCUCCUCCUCUUCCUACUGCUCCUCCUCCUGCUCCUCCUCCUGCUCCUCCUCCUCAGGCUCCUCUGUCCCUCUCCAGCUGGGCCUCCCUGUGGCGGUUCCUCCUCAGUACAGCGGUCUGAAGGAGGUGAGCAUGGAGGCGGUGAGGGCUCGUCUGCGCCUCCUCUACCACUUCUCAGACCUGAUGUACUCCUCCUGGAGACUCCUGAACCUCAGCCCCAACAACCAGGUAGGACCAGAACCAGAACCAGAACUUUACAGAGAAGCAGACUGAGCUCGUCUGGGGGUCCAUAGACUCAGUCUGGGGGUCCUUAGACUCAGUCUGGGGGUCCUUAGACUCAGUCUGGGGGUCCUUAGACUCAGUCUGGGGGGUAACCUUUCUCCCUCUGAUCCUGACUCUGCAGAGCUGCACCUCCCACUACAACGCUGGUACCUGGGGGAUCGUUCAGGGCCAGCUCAGACCCCUGUUGGCCCCCCGGGUCUACACCCUGCCUAUGGUCCGCUCCAUAGGAAAGACCAUGGUCCAAGGCAAGAACUACGGACCCCAGAUCACCGUCAAACGGAUCUCCACACGGUCAGUGGUCACCUGCCCUCUGGGUCCAGGUCUUCAGGACUCCAGAGUCCUCCCUGUGUCUGAUCCAGGUCUGGGCGAUCCUGAUAUAUUUUGUUGAGUCGUCCGAUCACGAUUAUUAUCACGAUUUUCUUUAAAGUGUCGGUUUAACGCUUUAACGUGUCUGAAAACGGACGCGCUCAGCGAUGAUGCGCCCAAGAGUCACACAGCUGAUCGCCGUGAUCGAACUGAAAUUGAUCACCAUCAUUGAUCUCCUGGUCCCGGUCUGACCCGGUCUCUCCUCCCUCAGGGGUCGGAAGUGUAAACCCAUCCUGGUCCAGAUCGCUCGUCAGGUGGUGAAGCUGAACGCCUCGGACCUCCGCCUCCCCUCCAGAGCCUGGAAGGUCAAACUGGUGGGGGAGGGGGCAGAUGAUGCUGGCGGGGUGUUUGACGACACCAUCACAGAGAUGUGUCAGGUACGAGCCGGUCCGUCAGGGUCUACAUCUGAAACCGGGUCAUUUCUGAUCCACCUGGUCCAGUUCUGGUCCAGUUCUGGUCCUCUCUGAGGUUCCUGUGUUCCUCUGUUCCUCAGGAGCUGGAGACCGGCGUGGUGGACCUGCUCAUCCCCUCCCCCAACGCCACGGCCGAGGUGGGCUACAACAGAGACAGGUGAGUCAGAUGAGGGCCCGUGUAGACCUGGACCCGGAGCUGCUGAAGUCCACAGACGGACUCUGAUCCUGGUCUCUGUCUCCUCUGCUCCUCUCAGGUUCCUCCUGAACCCCUCAGCCUGCCUGGACGAGCACAUGCUCCAGUUUAAGUUCCUGGGGAUCCUGAUGGGCGUGGCCAUCCGCACCAAGAAGCCCCUGGACCUGCACCUGGCCCCCCUGGUCUGGAAACAGCUGUGCUGCAUCCCCCUCCUGCUGGAGGACCUGGAGGAGGUGGACCUGCUCUACGUUCAGACCCUCAAGAGCAUUCUUCACAUUGAAGACAGCGGCAUCACCGAGGACAACUUCCACGAGGUGGGUCAGCCCUCGCGGCGAGGGGCGGUUCAGCACUUUUUAACAGUUUCUGACCCGGGUUCAGUGAAGACCUGUGAGGAUCUGAUGGUCCUGAUGGUCCUGGUCUAACACUGACCCGGGUCAGAACCGACCCAGAGUGAAGGUUUACUGAGGUGGUUCUGUUUGUGGUUCUAGAUGAUUCCUCUGGACUCGUUCGUCGGGCAGAGCGCAGACGGGAAGAUGGUUCCCAUCAUCCCCGGAGGAAACAGCAUCCCUCUGACCUUCUCCAACAGGAAGGAGUACGUGGAGCGAGCCGUCGAGUACCGCCUCCACGAGAUCGACCGCCAGGUGAGACCGACCGACCCGGGCCAGAACUUCAGGGUCAGGGUCAGACUCAGACUCAGACUCAGGGUCAGGGUCAGGGUCAGGGUCAGACUCAGGGUCAGGUUCAGGGUCAGGGUCAGACUCAGACUCAGGGUCAGGUUCAGGGUCAGGGUCAGACUCAGGUUCAGGGUCAGACUCAGGGUCAGACUCAGGGUCAGACUCAGGGUCAGACUCAGACUCAGGGUCAGACUCAGACUCAGGGUCAGGGUCAGACUCAGGGUCAGACUCAGGUUCAGGGUCAGACUCAGGGUCAGACUCAGGGUCAGGUUCAGGGUCAGGUUUAGGGUCAGGGUCAGACUCAGGGUCAGACUCAGGGUCAGGGUCAGACUCAGGGUCAGAUUCAGGGUCAGACUCAGGUUCAGGGUCAGACUCAGGGUUCAGGGUCAGACUCAGGGUCAGGGUCAGACUCAGGGUCAGGGUCCGGGUCAGACUCAGACUCAGGGUCAGACUCAGGGUCAGGGUCAGACUCAGGGUAAGGGUCCGGGUUAGGGUCCGGGUUAAAAGGGACUUUUUAGACUUCUUCUGGGUCCGGAGAAACCUUCGAACCUUCGUGUUUCCGCGGCGUCUGUCGAAGUCUGCAGACAGAUUUAGAUUUCGCUCUGACUCAGCGUUUUUCAAAACCUGAAGAAAAUCCUGAUGUAGACCACCGACCCACAACGACCCACAACGACCCACAACGACCCACAACGACCCACAACGACCCUCUACAGCCGAUGAAACUGAUUGAACAGUGUCAUCGGCUGUAUCAUCCGCCGCGGUGAAGAGUGGGCGUGUUUGGAGGGAUUUUCCCGUUCUGCGCCGCGGCGUUGGUCUCAUAUUCAGGUGAUCGGUGAUCAUCGGGACGUUUGGAUAUCAGGUCAUAAAUUAAACUUUUAGCAGAUGCCCCGCCCCCCUCCUCCGUUACACUGAAAUACGUCCUCGCCGCAGACACGUCGGUCGCGGUUGUUUGCUUGCGUCAUCACAGCGAAGUUUCGGCCGUGUUGUUUCGGUUAGCGGUUAGCGUUAGCGGUUAGCAUCCCUAAAAUAAAGUCGUUAAUCACGUCUCUGAAUGUUUUUGAACUCUGACCCCGUUUACAAACUCGGACAGGAACAGAGUCCCGCUCUGCUCUUCCUCUGCUGCCCCCCGCUGACAGAGAAGAGUACUGCUCCCACUUUAUUACCGCACAGACACUCAACACUGACACGUCGUCAUGACGACCUCUCAGGUUAAAAACCACUGAUCCACUCCUGAAUGUGGACCUGAAGCGGUUCUGGUUCCUCCCCCUGUAGGUGGCCGCGGUCCGUGAGGGCAUGUCCUGGAUCGUCCCGGUUCCUCUGCUCUCCCUGCUGACGGCCAAACAGCUGGAGCAGAUGGUCUGCGGGAUGCCGGAGAUCUGCUGUGAUGUUCUGAAGAAGGUGGUCCGGUACAGGGAGGUGGACGAGCAGCACACCCUGGUCCAGUGGUUCUGGCAGACCCUGGAGGAGUUCUCCAACGAGGAGCGGGUCCUCUUCAUGCGCUUCGUCUCCGGACGCUCACGGCUGCCCGCCAACACGGCCGACAUCUCGCAGAGGUUCCAGAUCAUGAAGGUGGACCGGGUGAGUCCGAGGGGGAGGGGUCAGGGGUCAGGGGAAAACCUGGACUGAGGUUCUCUGCAGCUCCUCUGGUGGUCCUCCUCACUAAACCAGACCGGACCUGGAUCACCAGGUUCUGGACCCGUUCAACCCAAAAAAACAAAAAAAGGGUUCAGGUCCAGGACGUGAACCAGAAUUCAGGUCCAGGACCUGAUCCAGUCUGAGGUCCACUCAGAGGAGAGGUGGGUCUGUAAGGUCCGGUUCAGAACUCAGAGCUGGUCUCAGGUUCCUCCUCCGAAGUCGAGAUCUGUGAAGAAACGGGUUUCCUGAAGUCUGAGAGACUAAAAACCACAAACCUCCUCCUCUUCUCCUCCUCUCCUCCUCCUCCUCUUCCUCCUCCUCAUCCCCCUCUUCUUUUUCUCUCCUCCCCUCUCCUCCUGCUCUCCUCCUCCUCCUCUUCUCCUGCUCUCUUCCUCCUCUUCCUCCUCUUCCUCCUCUCUUCCUCCUCUUCCUCCUCCUCUCCCUCCUCUCCCUCUUCUUCUUCUUCUUCCUUCCUGCUCUCUUCCUCUUCUCCUUUUCUCCUCCUCUUCCUCCUCUUCAUCCUCCUCUUCCUCCUCUUCUCCUGCUCUCUUCCUCCUCUCUUCCUCCUCUUCUCCUGCUCUCUUCCCCCUCUCUUCCUCCUCUCCCUCCUCUCCCUCUUCUUCUUCUUCUUCUCUCUCCGCAGCCCUACGACAGCCUCCCGACCUCUCAGACGUGUUUCUUCCAGCUGCGUUUGCCGCCGUACUCCAGUCAGGCCGUCAUGGCGGAGCGGCUUCGCUACGCCAUCAACAACUGCCGCUCCAUCGACAUGGACAACUACAUGCUGUCGAGGAACGUGGACAACGCCGAGGGCUCGGACACGGACUACUGA